ACUGCCGGGCCGGGUGCGAGGCGAGGACGCGAUAAAGACCUCGCCACCCGGGCUACUGGUCCAUAGGUAGCCAGGGCGCGGCGCGGUGUGCAUCCACUGGCGUUCUUCUGGGUAGUGGUUGGUGACCGGCGGCUUUUUGUGACUUCGGCAAGAUGAGUAGGCUCCCAGUACUGCUCUUGGUGAUGUGUGCCUCGCUGGUGGUGGGAAAGAUAUAUGACAAGUGUGAUCUGGCCGAUGAACUGGAGCGUAAACAUGGCGUCUCAAAGGAGGACGUCAAAAAAUGGGUCUGCAUCGCCCAGUAUGAGUCUACCUUCAACACAAAAGCCCACAACAAACAGAACAGUGAUGGUAGCCAAGACUACGGCCUCUUCCAGCUCAACAACAAAUACUGGUGUGGUAACACUCACAAGAACGAGUGCAAUAUGCCAUGCGAGGCCCUCCUGGAUGAAGACAUUACGGAUGACGUGCGGUGCAUGAAGAAGAUCAUCAGGGAGACGGAGAAGUGGAAGGGAAAGGGGACAGGACUGACAGCUUGGGUUGCUUACGUGAAUAGGUGCAAGGAUAGGAACCUGGAUGAGUACAUGGCUGACUGCCCGAACUACUCCGGUAUCUCCAACUUACUCCCCGUCAGGCAAGUCUCUGCUGGCGACUCUCCACCCCGCACGGAAAACAUACAGGAGGAUUCCGAGCCUAUCAUAAAUAGCGCUCGUGUUCCCAUCAGACCUAAAGUUAUCAGUAACAUGCAUCCCAUUUACAUACCCGUCCCCAUGUAUAGUCCUUACAUGUUACCAAGGCCUUCACGCUUCUUCUAUCAGAGAAACUAAUGAUAACUGACAAGUGAUGGGUGUACAUGAGGACAGAAUGUUAGGCUACGGUACACUUGUUUGCCCACGAGUGCUAAUUAAAAGAUGUUUGUCUCUAUGUUACUAUUUGAUAUUGCAGAUUUUUCUUUUAUAGUAUUGGUAUUUUGUUGAUCUGUUUCUCACCUUAAAGAUUAAAGAAGUUGCCAAUGUUUGUUGCGAUUAGAUAUUAUUAUCAUUAUUAUUAUUAUUAUUAUUAUCAUUAUUAUUAUUAUUAUUAUUAUUAUUAUUA